ACCCGCCCCUCGGCUUGUCCGUGUGAUUUAAGGCGGUGCUGAUUGGACGGACGGCCUGUCACUCUCCAUGUGGGCCCAUGCCGGGCGGAUUGGAGUUUUUCAGCUGACGUAGUUUGGGGCGGCAAAAGGUUACAUGUCGCCAUUACGGAGAAAUGAGCGAUUAAAGUGGUAGCGUGACUUAAAAAGUACCGCAUGUUGUCCAGAACGCAACGGGGAAAUUCUGACAUUUUUAAGUUUACUCGGCAUUCAAUCCUUCGUUGAUAGCCCGUGGGAUUUCAUCCUAUCUUCUUAGUCAGUUUUGUAUAUGUUGUUUCGGACAACAAGUGAAAGGGCUAGUUUAUCACUUGGCUAAGUAAUUUGUCAAUAUUCGUAAAUAGAAUAUUUAGCUGCUGUGCAGCGUUUAGGGUAUGGAGUUUAAGUAAAAAUGGUCUGUGAAGUAAGACUAGCUCCAUAACUUCAAUUUCAAUCGGGAAACGAAUACAUUUCCCAUAAGUCCUAUCACUUUGGGACGAGUAGGGGUGUGUUGGUUCUGCUUUUUGCCUAAGACACCAUUGUAAAAUAAAGCAUUUUUUCUGUUAUAAAUUCAAUCUAAAGUUUUGUAUAAAUGUGAAAAAAAUGACAUUUAAUCAGGAUAAAUUAUUAUUUUUUAGUGCUUUUGUUAUUCAAACAUUCUAAUGAAUUGACUGUCCGGACUUCGUUACCCAUGAGGCAAUGCGCGUAGCGGUGCGUUUCUGUGCGUCCGGUCUAACUGCUCAGACAGAAGAGAGAGAGGGAUAGACGAAGAUAUUCACCGAUACCGUGUUAAUGCCGCCUUUCUUUUAUCGAUUUUUUUAAAAGUCAAAAUAGACACAUCCGGCAAUCGUCUGGCCCGAUUUAGCGACCCCUCGUCCCCCCUGCCCCGACACCCUAGCACACAGAUAUGAGCGGCAGCGGGCGGCCCAGGACCAGCUCGUUUGCCGAGCCACCAGGCGCUCCCGGAGCCGCUGCAGCCGCCGCCGGAUCGGCCGUUGCUGGUGGGAGUGCCGCAGGAAAGACUGGGGCUUCGCAGGCCUCCGGGAGCAGCUCGUCAGGGUUUGGUAACUUGAAGCUGGGCAGGGACAGCGGCAAGGUGACGACGGUGGUGGCCACACCCGGGCAAGGGCCUGACCGCCCGCAGGAGGUGUCCUACACGGACAUCAAGGUGAUUGGAAACGGCUCCUUUGGCGUGGUGUACCAGGCGCGCCUCAUCGACAGCCAGGAGAUGGUGGCCAUUAAGAAGGUCCUGCAGGACAAGAGGUUCAAGAACCGGGAGCUGCAGAUCAUGCGCAAGCUGGACCACUGCAACAUCGUGAGGCUGCGCUACUUCUUCUACUCGAGCGGGGAGAAGAAGGAUGAGGUCUACCUGAACCUGGUGUUGGACUUCGUCCCGGAGACAGUGUACCGGGUGGCCCGGCACUUCAACAAGGCCAAGACCACCAUCCCUAUCAUCUACGUCAAGGUCUACAUGUACCAGCUAUUCCGCAGCCUGGCCUAUAUCCAUUCCCAGGGGGUCUGUCACAGAGACAUCAAGCCACAGAACCUGUUGGUGGACCCUGAGACUGCCAUCCUCAAGCUGUGUGAUUUCGGCAGUGCAAAGCAGCUUGUCCGUGGGGAGCCCAAUGUCUCCUACAUCUGCUCGCGGUACUAUCGGGCCCCCGAGCUCAUCUUCGGGGCCACUGACUACACGUCCAACAUCGACAUCUGGUCCGCGGGGUGCGUGUUGGCUGAGCUGCUGCUGGGACAGCCCAUCUUCCCCGGGGACAGUGGAGUGGACCAGCUGGUGGAAAUCAUCAAGGUUUUGGGGACCCCGACAAGGGAACAGAUCCGAGAAAUGAACCCCAACUACACGGAGUUCAAGUUUCCACAGAUCAAAGCACACCCCUGGACAAAGGUGUUUAAGCCGCGCACCCCUCCAGAGGCCAUAGCACUGUGCUCCCGCCUGCUGGAGUACACGCCGGUGACACGACUGUCCCCUCUGGAGGCCUGCGCUCACGCUUUCUUUGACGAGCUGCGGCAGCCCAGUGCACGGCUGCCCAGUGGCCGGGAGCUGCCUCUGCUCUUCAACUUCAGCCCCGUGGAGCUCUCCAUCCAGCCCCAGCUGAACUCCACGCUCAUUCCUCCACACGCCCGAGCACAGUCGACGCCUCCCUCUCACGAUGAGAAUCUGGCAAACAGUUCGAUGGGAUGAAAGCACAAAGCAGAGGGCAGUGUCUCAGACAGUGCAGCCCAGCCCAGCUCAGCUCCUGGACCUCUCAGCAACAGCACCUGAACAGCCCUCGUUAUCUGUCUGUCAGUCAAAUCCCCCCCCCUACCCUCCCAUUCCUCCAGAAUUUUCCAAUGUCAUUGGCUCCAAACUGUAGUAAGCAAAUACCACACGUGCACACAAUACACCGCGCACACACAAGCAAACGCACACAUGCAAACAAGUGUUCAGCAUCUUUAUGUCCCCCCCCCCCCCUCCCCACAACUUGUAACCCCUACCCUUUAAGUGAAAAAACAGUUCUAACACAUAGGUUCAUCGUAGUUAUGCAGUAGGGUAGAGUUUCAGUCAGGUUAGGUCAGGUCAGUAUAAGCUACCUCCAGGCGGACGCCCAGGGAUUUCCGUGCAGUGCGAGGCUGGAGGUCUGCGUCAGCGAUCAGACCUACGUCUGCUAGCGGCAGCGGUAACCGAGGGCAUAGCAGGGCAUCUUCAAGGGGCAUGUUGUCUGUAAUCUCCACUUUUUAAUUUCAUUCAUUUUUUUAAAGAGAAAAUAAAUUUUAUUUAUUUGAAUCUCA